GUGAUACUUACAAAUCCAGCAACGGGAACAGCAUAAAAACACACAAGAACUCGGAGCAUGCUCAGGACUCGUGCACCCCUGUGUUUAACUUGGAGGAGUGGGGGGAGAGCCUCAGGGUGAUCAAUCCUUCAGCCAGGCAAACAAAAAAGACACAUGCCCUCAACACUCGGAACAAAGGGGUUGAGGGUUUUUAUACCAUAACCUGAUGUCCGGUACCGUAUUAGGGUCUGUUCUUGGGCAGGGCCGGAUAGGCUGGUAAUGUGCAAUAUUGCCCUAUUGGAUUUUUCAUGAUGCCCGCCUGGUGGCCCCAUGGACAGUGCCUGAUGCGGGCAUGGUCAGUGUGUGUGACAGUUGUCUUAUCUCCUUAUGUCUACUUCAAGGACCAGCCAACAGAGUCUUAUCUAUCUCUGCAGCUGUGCUCUCUUCUCAUGCUCACCUCCCUGUUCUUUGAUGCCUACAAGGCAUCACUUCCAUUCACUGAAAGCUGCAUUGUGCACUUACAAGUUAUGCUUUCUCAGAGUGUGUGGGCGGCCUACAUUUUCUGUGAGGGGCCUUUGUGUGGCAGAAUGGGCACUGUGCGCGUGAGGCUGUGGUCAAAAGGACCUGCUCUGCAACAGCAAUGAACUACUCAGUGCCUGGCUGCGCCACCCAGCGCCCUGCCAGCUGGGAACACCCCACCCUGGCCAUGCAGCCCGUGGGGAAUUGCCCACUGCUGGGCGGGUUGUGCUGGAGCCACGGAGCAAGGAGUGCCUCAGCCCCGGCUGUAGCUGUUGGCUGCGCAGCAGUGCCACCUCUGUGGGGCUCUGGGCUGAGACUGACUCAGACUUGUAGGAAAACGUGUCCUCGCUGAUGGGUGAGGUAAGGGGGAUAAUUGCCCAGGCCCAGUGCUGCAGGGACAGCAGCAGCUAGGGUUGCCAGAUGGUUUCUAAAAAAAUACCAGACAAAAACUUGAUAAAAAUUUGUUGAAGGGGGAAAAAAAAAAGCGCCCGGGAGUAACCAGGGAAAAGCAAGCAGGGAACGUGACGUGAAGAACAGAAGAAAGUCUUGACGGCCAUGGUGGAGCUGAUAACAUGCAUGGCAGACUCAUAUGACAGCCAGAUUCACAGAUAAUGGGGCUCAACCUGUGCUAUGGAAACAUCCAGGUGUCCUCGCAGGUGUAAUUGGGGCUGCAGUGGUUGUCAUUAUUGCUUUAGCAGCAGCUCUGGGAGUGGAAAGAUCUAAACAUCCUCCUCCCUGCCCCCCUACUUCUCCUGGGUGCCCAGAGAACUGGAUCAGAAUCCAGGGGAAAUUCUAUUAUUUUUCGAAGGCCGAAGGGAACUGGACCGACAGCCAGAAGAACUGCUCCUCACACGCUGCCUCCCUGGCCGCGAUUGAGAGUCUGCAGCAGCUGGUGAGCCGCACGGACGCUUUGUGCAAAGCCUGGCGAUCGCCGGCACCGCAGGCUGGGCUGGAGUCAGGCUGGGCCCAGCCCCUGAAGGGCAGAGGGGAGUUGGGCGGGCCAGAGUUGGUGAGGUUUUGGCAGUCAAACCUUGGGUGGUCCUGGGGCUCCAGGCUCCCUGACUCUGAACGUGCUCAGAGCCCCAGUUUGAGACUCCCCCUGUGCAGGGCAGAGCCAGCUGCAGGCCCAGCAGUAAGGCCCGAUGAAGAAAUGGGCUUUAGGGACUGGUGCCUGGGGCCCCUUCAGCUUGGGGCCCUGGCUGCAGCCUGCAAUGCCCGUGUUCUGGGCCAUCCCCAUCCCAGACUGCUCCACUCCCGAGGGACGUGCCUGGGAGCUGGGCUGGAGGGAGCGCAUUGGGCUGGGGCCAGGUCACGCUAUUUCCUAGCACCGCAGUGAAUGCAGGGGUGGAGCAUCCCCUGUUGCCGGUCCCAGUCCUCCCCUAAACCCUGGUAAUCUCCCGGGCCCUGUCACUUGAGGAAAAGGGACUUGGAAGAGGGGAUGGAGCAGGGUUGGGAAGAGGUGGGGUCAGAUGGAGCCUGGAGUGCAGGAGAGAGCGGGGGUUGUCCUUGGUCCUGCAUCUUCCUAGGGCAGGCACUAGGUAGGGUCCUAUCUUAGCCCCCUCCCCAACUUCUUGCCCUGACCCCCUCCCCAAAGUGGAGGUUGCACAGAGACAGCGCUUGAAUGAAAUGUGUUACUUUUACCCUUGCUCCCCAGCUCCGCAAAGCCCCAGAGUUCCCCCAUGGUUGGGGUGGGGACAGUUCACCCUGCCCUGUGCUCCCUGCCCUCCACUGCCCUGCCCUGGUGGCAGGGGUCUGUCUGCCCUCCUGUCAGGAUUAUGAGGGUGAGCCAG